AUGGAUGAGCCCAGGGUGUUUUCACCCAGCAGUGUUGACGAUGGAAGUAACGUAGUGGGAAGUGGUAAAUUCAGUGGUGAUUUGCCGCCGCUGAGUUCGUUCGGGAUGCACGAUCCGGGUACAGUCAGGGGGAGUUCUCAUAGCGACGUGGCGACAAGAAACGACACAGUAAAUGACGUUAGUGACGGAAAGCCACCUGAAAUGAGGAGAAAUAGCUCAAAAUUCGAUAACACCAAAAACACAACUGUGAGCAGAACAGAGUUGUGUAAUGGAAUAUUGGUGCGUCUUAAAUCAGCGUCCACUGCUGAUGCUGAUGAAUUAUCGGAAUCGAGACAUGAAGCAUCCACUCGUACGCACCAGGGGGACACUGUAUAUUGGCAUGACCACACUAGGGCUAUAUACAGCCGCCUCGUUCUUAAGUUUGAUUGCGUUGAACUAUUUGGGGGUAAUCCGAACAAGUAUAGACGUCUCACUCGUCCUGAGGGUCAUAAUGACGAGUUUUGCAAUUUUGGUGAUAGGUGCACAGGCGGCGAAGCAGCGACUGUUGUAUUUAUUGUUCGAAGUUCGAAUGAACCCCUCAUCAAUGAUCAACAUUCAAUCGUAUCUAGUUGUGAUGCUAUGGAUAUCAAUCGUCGCAGCAGCCUUGUUUAUAGCUGGGUUGCCAAAUAUGCUUGA